AUGAUUCGGAAACAAGCAAGACAGCGGAGAGACUACCUCUAUCGCCGGGCGGUUCUCCUGCGCGAUGCCGAAGUUAGCGAGAAGCGGGCGCAACUGAGGUCUAGUUUGGCCUCGGGAAAGCCAUUGGCCCCAGAAAUUGCAAACGACAAACAGCUGCGGAAAGACUACGAUUACGAUGUAUCCCGCGACAUGAACCCCGAUGAGACGAUCGACAUCGAUGAUGAAUACUCGGAGCUCUCUGGUGUAAUAGAUCCGCGCGUGCUGGUCACAACAUCACGCGAUCCUAGUUCGAGGUUACAGUCGUUUUCCAAGGAGAUGAGACUUUUGUUCCCAACUGCAAUUCGCCUUAAUCGCGGCAACCUCGUGCUCCCAGAUCUCGUUAAGUCUGCUCAGAGCGAGGGCCUCACGGACGUCAUUCUUCUGCACGAGCAUCGAGGAACACCGACUGCAAUCACUAUCAGCCAUCUUCCUCACGGACCUACACUUAUAGCGUCUUUGCACAACGUAGUUCUGAGGGCCGAUAUACCACGUUCUAUCAAGGGGACAGUCAGCGAGAGCUAUCCACAUCUGAUACUCGAGAAUUUCAACACACAACUGGGACGCCGACUAGCGAAAAUCCUGAAGCAUCUUUUCCCACCCCGAGAUGCUACCGUCAACAAGAUUGAAGGCAAUCGUGUCAUCACUUUUGUGAAUCAAGACGACUGCAUAGAAGUGCGCCACCACGUCUAUGUCCGGACGAGUUACGACUCAGUGGAGCUGAGUGAGGUUGGGCCCCGGUUCACCAUGCGACCUUUCUCCAUCGCCAUGGGUACUCUUGAGCAAAAGGACGCCGAUUCCGAGUGGCAUUUGAAUCAAUAUACGCGCACAAGCCGAAAAAAGAAUUUCUUUUAA